CUUUUGAUCCACCCAAUCCUCAGCCCCAUUCCACAUGGUAUGUGAACGUGACAAAAGCCUCAAAGCCCGCCCUUCUGGCAGCGAUAGCCUUGAGUGGGCCAGUCAGUGUCGCCAUUGAUGCGGGAUCGAGAGCCUUCCAACACUAUGGCGGAGGGGUUUUCAAUUCUCCGUGCAAUACGACAUUGGAUCAUGGUGUUCUCGCAGUUGGCUAUGACUUGGAAGCAAUUGAGCCUUACUAUCUUGUAAAGAACUCCUGGGGAGCUUCAUGGGGCGACAAAGGUUACAUCAAGAUGGCCAUUGACGAUUCACUUAAGGGUAUCUGCGGCAUUUUGCUCGAUGCGAGUUAUCCCAUUGCAGCUUUCUAG